UCUUGGUAUCCUCUGAGUGUCCGUGCAAAGGCGAAGGAGUGAAGUGGGUAUGAUUCGGACAAUGCUGAGCUUCCGAUCCGAUCCGGUUAGUUGUGUUCUACCUAGGUAUUGACGGGCUUGGGAAAAUGCAGGGUGUUGUUUUGGAGGGGGGUUCGUCAUUUUUAUGCGGAGCAACCCCGCCGGCUUCAACUUCAGAGCUUCCGGAAUCCACGACAACACUUGAACACUCCCACCCCAAGCUGUUCGAAGAGCUAUACCAAGAUGGCAGACACCACAGCAUCCACCCCGCCUCCGGCAGCAGAAGCAACCUCCGCCCUAACCCCCAUCAACAUCGUCCUCCUCUCCCUCUUCAUCUUCCUCAUCUACAUGCGCCUGAAGCCCGCCGCGCCCCAAACCCUCCCCCGGGCCCCCCCGCCAACAGUCUUCCGGACCUUUACCCCGCCGACGCUCCUCCCUUACAACGGCCUCAACGGCAUGCCCAUCUACUUCGCCGUGCGUGGCCGCGUCUUCGACGUCACGUCCGGCCGCAACUUCUACGGCCCCGGCGGGCCCUAUGCCAAUUUCGCCGGCCGGGAUGCUAGCCGAGGUCUUGCGUGCGGCAGCUUCGAUGAGGAGAUGCUGACGAAGGACUUGGAGGGCCCGUUGGAUAAGCUUGAUGAUCUUGGGGAUGAGGAGAUGGAGGCGCUGCAGGGGUGGGAGGAGCGGUUCUCGGAGAAGUAUCUGGUGGUGGGCAAGAUCGUGCCGGUUGGGAGUGAGGAGGCGACCUAGGGGACGUGAGGGUAAGGGAGGAUGCCUAAGAGACUAGGAAACUAGGAGACUAGGACAGAGCAAGAUAUACUUCGGGGUCUUCGUGUGGUGUCGAUGCUUUGCAAUGAUUGUAAGAUGGGGGUGUUCGGGGCAUGAGCCUGCGAUUCUGGUUUAGAUUUCUGGGUUCAAUCUGAAAAGUGCUCUCUUUCGAAACAGCUAAUACCGUCGUGACACUUCUAAGACUUCUGCAUUCCUAACUAUAAUGACUUGCUAGUUACUAGCACUU